AUGCUGGCCGUGCUCAACUCUGCAUUUAUUUCACUUUUGGAAAUCUGCCUCACUGGGCAAGAAGUCGUGCAUGGGGGUGGUGGCACUGCCAGUUUUCCAAUGAAGCUUUUGGCUAAAGUGCCGGCGGGUGCAUCGUUUUUGAUGGCCCGUGUUCUGGAUGUAUUUUUUGGUAGAACAUCGUCACUGAACUUUGCAGAUGGUGUGCCGUGCAUUUCUAGCUGCGGUGCGUUCGCUCUGAAGGCACAUUUCAAGACACUGGUCGCCGAUGAGAAGGCUCUCAAGGAGGCCUGGUCGCUGAAGGGUGCCAGCGGCACAAAGCCUUGCUAUGAGUGUGCAAACGUGGUUGGGCAUUGCGCGAAAGAAGAUGUGAAUCCAGCAGGCUGGCUGCAACAUAUCACCUGCGCCGACAGGUCGAAGUUCCACGCCCACACGGAAAGCAGCUUCCGGAACAUGGCCAACAAUUUGGGGGCUGCCAGAACAGCCAGCGAACGCAACAAGCUUUCCCAGGCCUACGGUUUGACCUACCACUCUGACGGCCUCCUUCGGGAUGGGUUUUGGGGUGAGAAAGUGAGCCCGAUCAGACAGAGUUGCUGGGACUGGAUGCACGUGAUUGUUGCAUCUGGUGGUGUCGCUGCGUAUGAAUGCAACUCCUUCCUGUUGGAGCUGAAACGGCAAGGCAUUCCUUUGUCCACUUGGGAUGCAUUUGCUGGCAAAUGGAAUUUGCCGAAAGCCCGUGAUUCGCUGAGUGCUUCAUUUUUCCAAGAUCGUAUUCAAGAAGAUGGCGAGCCCUUGAGAGCAUUUGCAGGAGAAAUGUUGGAUGUAGUUGUGUUUCUGGACAUGUUUCAGCAACAUGCCCUGAAGCCACAGGGCAACCUGCCCCGACAUUGCAGAUGCCUGGAGCUGCUGGCCAGGAUUCUUGAGAUUCUGCUCAAAGGCGACCGGGCCGUUUCUCAUGUGGACGAAUUGGAGGCAUGCGUGGAUGAACAUGCGACCCUAUUCGUGGAGUUGUACGAGCACUGCGCCAAACCAAAAUUUCAUAUGCUCUUUCACAUCAGCAGUGCACUGCGGAGAUUUGGCAAUCUUUCUUGCUGGGGACCAGAGCGGAAACAUCGUGUUGUGAAGUCUUUGGUUGGCUCUUCCGUGGCCAAUGAGUUGCAGAACAACCUUGCCGUGCGAGCAUGCGGCCAGGAUUUGAAAGCAAUAGAAGAAGGUGUGUUUGAACCGACCGCUUUGGCCAGUCCUCUGACCGACCUUCAUUGGGCUGUGGAUCUGUUAGCUCCUGUCCUUGAUGGUGCGCAGCAUGUGCAGAGAUCCAGGAAGCUGUAUACAUCCCGUGGGUCCGUGUUUUGCGGUGAUGUGUUGUGGAGUCGAUGCCUGCAUGUGACUUAUCAAGUGAAGGCUUGCCUGAUGGCUGUAGAUCAUGAAGGCCGGAAGCAUUUCCUUUUUCAUGUCAGUGAGCACAAAAGAGUCAAAGGCAAUCGCUUCGACGAAGCUGGAACAUUGGGACUUAUCUUCUACGAGGAGGAUCUUGUCCCAGUGCAGUACAGUGUGUCACUGGCUAGACAGAUUGUCAUCUACACUGGCACAAUGCUCGGGGAAGUCUGA